AUGUACAUAUUUGGUUCGAUACGAUACACAAAGGAAAGAAGCAGUAUUGUGGUGAUUGGGCUUAGUAUUCACACAGCUCCUGUUGAGAUGCGUGAGAAGCUUGCUAUUCGUGAAGCUGAAUGGCCACGAGCUAUCGCUGAGUUGUGCGGUUUGAAUCAUAUUGAAGAAGCUGCUGUUCUCAGUACCUGCAACCGUAUGGAGAUUUACGUCUUGGCUCUCUCUCAGCAUCGUGGUGUCAAAGAAGUUACUGAGUGGAUGUCUAAGACAAGUGGAAUCCCAGUUUCGGAGAUCUGUCAGCACCGUUUUCUAUUGUACAACAAGGACGUCACACAACAUAUAUUCGAAGUCUCAGCUGGUUUGGACUCCCUUGUCCUAGGAGAAGGUCAGAUACUUGCUCAGGUUAAACAAGUUGUUAAAGUAGGUCAAGGAGUCAAUGGAUUUGGGAGGAACAUCAGUGGGCUAUUUAAACACGCAAUCACGGUUGGAAAGCGUGUCAGAACAGAGACAAAUAUCGCUGCUGGAGCUGUUUCCGUUAGCUCUGCUGCAGUCGAACUUGCUCUCAUGAAGCUUCCAGAAUCUUCACAUGCAUCAUCUGCUAGGAUGUUAGUAAUUGGUGCUGGAAAGAUGGGGAAGCUUGUAAUUAAGCACUUGGUUGCUAAAGGUUGCACCAAAAUGGUGGUUGUGAACCGAAGCGAAGAGAAAGUUGCAGCUAUCCGCGAGGAGUUGCCGUCUGGUGUUGAGAUUAUUUAUAAACCCCUUGAUGAGAUGCUAUCUUGUGCUGGAGAAGCCGAUGUAGUCUUUACUAGCACAGCAUCUGAGACACCAUUGUUCUUGAAGGAGCAAGUAGAGACUCUCCCUCCUGUUAGAGAUGCGAGGCUCUUUGUUGAUAUCUCUGUUCCUAGAAACGUCGGGUCUUGUGUCGCUGAAAUAGAUGGUGCACGGGUUUACAACGUGGAUGACCACAAGGAAGUUGUUGCUGCGAAUAAAGAAGACAGGGUGAGGAAAGCAAUGGAAGCUCAGGCUAUAAUUACAGAGGAAUCAAAACACUUCGAAGCGUGGAGAGAUUCGCUGGAGACUGUUCCAACAAUCAAGAAAUUAAGGGGAUAUACAGAGAGAAUUAUAGCUGCAGAGGUUGAGAAAUUCUUGCCGAAAAUGAGCGUUGAGAUGAACAAGAAAACGAGGAAAGCAGUAGACGAUCUUAUCCGAGGUAUAGUGAACAAACUCCUACAGGGUCCAAUGCAACAUUUGAGAUGUGAUGGGAACGACAGCAGAACGCUGAGCGAGACGCUGGAGAACAUGCAGGCUCUGAACAGGAUGUAUGGACUUGAUGCAGAGAUACUCGAGGAGAAGAUUAGAGCCAAAGUGGAAAAAAAGUAGAG